AUGAAUAUAAACUAUGUUACUUAUUUUCUACAGGAACAGUGCAAUAAUUAUUAUACAACCGUGAAGCUGUCGUUCAGCAAUUGCAAAUUCCCAGACAGCAGACUCAAGCCAAAUUGGCUAGAUAGCAAGCUGUCAAUCAGAGAAUUAACACUGGACAGCUGUUCCCUAAGUGAAAUCGAAGAUAAUGCAUUUACCUCCGACACAUUCGUGGACACGUCAACAAUCAUAUUAACAAACAACUACCUCAUCUCCCUACGUAAGAAAAUGUUCCACAAUCUGAAAGCAUUGGAACGUCUGACAAUCAAACAGAAAACUGCCAUCAAGUCUGCUGAAUUAAAUUCAUUGCAAGAAGUGUCUGACACUUUAACGUCUCUUCAAUUAGAAGAAGGAGUGAUCAACGAUAAUAAAGUUCUCCAGAAUAUAACAGGCUCUGAUACCUUACCAAAUCUAGUAGAAUUAUCAAUAAGGUACAACAGCAUUCCUGAGGUCAAUGCUGAACUAUUUCAAGGAUUACCAGCAGUGAAAUCGGUUUAUAUAGACAAUUCUAAGGUGGAGACGGUGUCAAUUGACACCCUGAAACCAUUCAUACACAUAACACAAUUUAUCUUGGAUAAUAAUAAUAUUAAUUCCUUACCAGAAGGAUUGACAGACCCUGUGCUUGGCUCCAGUAAGUUCAGCCUGUCCAUACAUGACAACCCAUGGCACUGUGACUGUAGUUUAAAAUGGAUCCAAGAUAUUAUUAUCUCUCGUUCAAUAAAAAUCCCUCAGAUUCCAUUUUGCAAGACUCCUCAAGAAAAUAAGGACAAAACAUUCCUAAUAGCAGAUUUUUGUUCUCAAUCAAAUUCAACUACGACUACUAGACGUAGGGAACAAAGUACAGUACGUACAACUACUGAAACUACUACUCCUCAAGAAAUUACAGUGAACUGUGCAAAUACAAAAAGAAUGAUUAAUCAUCAUUCAAGAGAACCGAUGUCCAAUACUCUACAAGUUCGUUCACCGUUCCCAGAUUUUUACAUAAAGAACAUCUCGGAAACAAUGAUAACCUUGAAUUUGCCUAACAUAUCUGGGACGUUGAUCUGGUUCAGCAAUGACACUAGGGAUUCGCCUGGCUGCGAGAAAAUCGUGAAGACUUCUCAUGUGCUGCACAAUAUGCAGUCUAAGAAAGCGUACACAAUUUGUCUACUUGGUGAAGACAAGACCAGCAUCUCUCCUUUGAAUUGUCUACCCGCGUUCGCGGCUAAUAAUCUUGAUGACGAAUCUGAAAACAAGCCAUGGAUGAGGGCGAGUGAUAAGCUUCUGGUGUACAUGUUCUUCACCAUGAGCUGCGUUUUGACGUUCAUCAUGGGGUGUUUGAUGACGUUCCUGAUGGUGCGGAGGCACCCAACGCUGCUCAGUGGCAGCGAACGAGUAAUGAUGGUGAAACAUAGGGAGGUGAAGGCAAUUGUGUUACCAAAAGGCGUCAACGUCAGUGACAAUAAGCAGAAAUUGGAUUGCGACAGGUUUUACAAUAAAUCGGAGGAUGGAUACGUCACACCUUUGCCGCCUGUAGAUGAGACGCUACCGAGGAGGGUCAGAAGGGUCAGCCUGCAGAGUGAUAAGAAUAGCUAUGUGUCUCAGGUCGAGGCUACUGGGUCCCAGUUGAAUUCAUGGAGGGUGAUGAUGGAGAGGCAGAUGUUCGAAUCUCCGCCGACACCUCCGUCGACGGACACCAUCCCGUCGCUUUCGUUGUCAGUUGAUACGGAAAAUGUUUAUCAAGAUACGAAUUGAGGGACAUUGUGUUGAAUGUAAUUGUCAUGUCAAUUUGAAUCAGUUAAAUUUGUAUACCAAAUAAAAGUGUUAUUAUUCUUA